GGAAAUAGGUCUGUUUGAACUUCCUGCUUCUUCGUAAGUGGAGAAGUUUCUCUCACUCUCUGCAACAGCGAUGAUGCUGCAGCUGAUCUUCAUUCUCUCCACUCUGAUCUCAAUCACAGAGCCCAGAAAUGUGUCUGUUGGUGAUUCUGUUCAUCUGGACAUACAGGAUCUUGUACUACCAUCUGAUGACUUAUUCUGGGUUUUUAAUGGAAGUAAUAAUAUUCUAAGAUAUUAUAGUCAUACUAAACAAACUAAACCGUAUCCUGCUUAUGAAGGCAGAGUGGAGUUCAAUGAGACAACCUGCAGUCUGACACUGAAGAACUUACAGAGGACUGAUAGUGGACUGUAUGAAGCAAAAGCGUCUGAUCAUGAGGACAGAGUUGUUGCUAAGCACAGAGUCUAUGUAUUCGAGCCCAGAAAUGUGUCUGUUGGUGAUUCUGUUCAUCUGGACAUACAGGAUCUUGUACUACCAUCUGAUGACUUAUUCUGGGUUUUUAAUGGAAGUAAUAAUAUUCUAAGAUAUUAUAGUCAUACUAAACAAACUAAACCGUAUCCUGCUUAUGAAGGCAGAGUGGAGUUCAAUGAGGAAACCUACAGUCUGACACUGAAGAACUUACAGAGGACUGAUAGUGGACUGUAUGAAGCAAAAGCGUCUGAUCAUGAGGACAGAGUUGUUGCUAAGCACAGAGUCUAUGUAUUCGAGCCCAGAAAUGUGUCUGUUGGUGAUUCUGUUCAUCUGGACAUACAGGAUCUUGUACUACCAUCUGAUGACUUAUUCUGGGUUUUUAAUGGAAGUAAUAAUAUUCUAAGAUAUUAUAGUCAUACUAAACAAACUAAACCGUAUCCUGCUUAUGAAGGCAGAGCGGAGUUCAAUGAGGAAACCUACAGUCUGACACUGAAGAACUUACAGAGGACUGAUAGUGGACUGUAUGAAGCAAAAGCAUCUGAUCAUGAGGACAGAGUUGUUGCUAAGCACAGAGUCUAUGUAUUCUAUGCAGCCAUUCCCUCUGCUGGUGCACCUGUGUGUUUGCUGAAGACUGUGCUGCAUUACAUCAGUCUGGUCCACAUUCUAUCUAUUUCACUGUAGCUGUGGUAUUCAAAGCUCUU